GCCGUACAGCUGCUGUGCGUGGGUCGUCUUCUGGAUGACGAGGUGCACCUGUCCUCCCUUGGUGGGGACUCCGUGCAGGUUAUCCUGAAUGCGAGCUGCUUGCAGAAAGGCCGAUCUGCUCAGCUGGCCGAGCUGGGCAUAUGGCAUGGUUGGAAGGUUCGAUCGCGCUUGCUGACUGCGGUGGCUGCAGAGUCACAUGGGGUGCUGCAGAAGUUGUGCAGCAUUCCGGGGGCUGAUG